GCGUCUCCUGGGCAAGAUGGCCGCUUCUAUCUUGAGGUUAGCAAGCCGGCGCUGCCUGUGCGCCCGCCUGAGCCCGGGAUUCUCCACGCAACACGUGCUCCCCAUGGCGACGACAGCAAAGGAAGAAAUGGCCCGGUUUUGGGACAAAAACACCCAAUCAAAUCGUCCGUUGUCCCCUCAUCUCACCAUUUAUGAAUGGUCCCUGCCAAUGGCGAUGUCCAUCAUUCACCGCGGAACCGGAGUGGGAAUGAGUUUGGGAGUGUCCUUCUUCGCCUUAAGUGCGUUGGUUCUUCCUGGACAGUUUCCUGACUACUUGGAGCUUGUCAAGUCGCUCAGCCUGGGGCCUGCUCUGAUUUACUCUGCAAAAUUUGCUUUGGCCCUACCCUUAACCUACCACACCUGGAAUGGGAUUCGGCAUCUGGCCUGGGACAUGGGCAAAGGCUUCAAGAUGCCCCAGGUUUACCAGUCUGGAGUCCUUGUCCUCAUCCUGACGGUUCUGUCUUCCCUUGGGAUCGCAGCUCUAUGAAGACGGGCGGUGGCGACUCUCCCCUCGCCUCGCUCCCCGCCUUCCCCACUUGGCAUCCUUCGACCCUCCAAGAAGCUGGCUCAAUCAGGAUGUCCGGAGCAUUUGCCCAGUUUGUCAAUUAGAGAAAUAAUCGGGUGAGGGAAAAGGGCCGGCAGACCCCGCAUCAUCACACGGUUGAAUUCUGAAAGGAGGCAGUUCUGAUCGGCUCCUUGUAGAGCUUUCUAAUCCCCCCCCCCCCCGUUGAGAUAUGCCAAAAUUUUGCCAGAGGGACUCUGGGGACCCAUCCCCAGCUGAGGCCUAAAAUCACACCAGCACCAGACUCAAGAAUGGCUAAAAGUGGAUGGGCUGAGAAACUGAUGUUCUCCCCAGGGCUGCGCGAACUGUUUGCUUUUCUUGUUUUAGCCCUCUCCUUUCCCAGAAUAAUCCCUUUCUUUGUCUCCAACGGGGAGAUAGCAACUCCAGGGCAGCGUGCGAGUCUGUGUGGGCGUGCCUGUUUUAAAAAGGACAAUGCUGUUUAUUGAAAGCAGGCUGGCACUAAGAGUCACGCAGCAGAAUUGGCCACCUCCAGCCGGACUGGAUGUUUUUCCCGAGUGGGUCUACGGCUCGGCGGCUGGAGGCGUGCUGAAACACUACACUGUUUUCUUUGUCUGGUUAGCCACCCUGUGCAAAACUGCCAAGGAGAAAGGAAGUGGUAAUCCCUUGGGUUAGGCUUUGGGGAGACAGCCUUUCUGGCCCCACUGAAUUCACUGUUGCUCGGCGUCGGCCAUUGGCUUUUGAGCCAAGAGAAAGGAGAGGUGUAGGGCCUUCCCAAAAGUAGAGCCAUCCAUGCAUCUCCUGUAAAUACACGUGCUUCUAUUUUGCGUUUCCUCUCAUGAACUAUUAGAAGCUGACAGACCCCUCCCUGGAAUAAAGUUUCUUCUCUCUGGGUUUGGACCUGAUGAGGUUCUUCCUGCUAAUAAAACAUUGGAAAGAAAAAAAAAA